GAAAAGAUAAUUCUGGUUGGGAAGAAAUUGUCGUCGCUAGGCUAAGCUAGUUGCCUAGCUUUACUGUAACUGUACCCGUUGGCUAACGUAGUCGAAAUGGCGAAGCAGCAGGGCGUCCUGGCAGUUUAAUAGGGCCGUUAAGGAUACCUGGGUCAAAUGCCAUGGGGGACAUGAAAACCCCAGAUUUUGAUGAUCUCCUGGCUGCCUUUGACAUCCCAGAUGCUACAGGGUUGGAUGCAAAAGAGCCUAUCCAAGAAGGGCAUGAUGAGACGCAUCUAAAACACCCGGGAGUAUCCGACAACGACAGUUUACUGAGUAAUGAAGCAAACUCUGAAGCAGAGAUUCCCACUGUGAGUGUGAUCGUGAAAAACACACAUCAGCAGGAGCCGUCGGAAGGUUUUGGAGACGGGCUUCACUCAGGACCAAUAUUGCCUAAUGGAUUUAAUGUACAAAGUUCAGGAGAUACUAUUACCAAAUGUGUCUUUGAUAAAUCAUUUGUCUCUGCUCUGAAUGGGGGAUUUUCAAGUGAAUAUCUGGGAAAGGCACCAAUUCAACACAAACCUGAUGCAACGCCACUGUUUUCCCAGUCACAUUCUCACUCGAGUCCUGAAUAUGAAGGGAGUUUAUUAACAAGAGACAAAGCCAAUCCCAAACAAGAGAGGUCAUGUUUCCAAGAAGAAUCCGAUUUGGAACCUUCAGCUGCAGACAAUCCACAAAAGUUAGAUCUUUGUAUUUUUAAUGAACUCCAGAAGGACAAUGAAUCACCUGGGCGACAAAGAGAGGAGUCACCUGACAGUGGUGUCAGUAAUGAAAUGCCAAUGGUACACAGUGGACUCCCUCAUCCAAGCAAUACCUUCAAUGAGACAAACAGCAGUUUGGGAAUCCCGGCAGAUGGUCCUGACUCAUUUUCUAAAAUAAAGUCGUACUCCCCGAAGGUGCCCUCUUGCCUUGAGGCUCUGGUGGCUCUCAAUGCUAGGAAGGAUCCCACCGAGCAAAUAAAGAGUCCAAGAGAGUCUCCUGUUAUUCACAGCGAUUGCAUGAAAUACAGCCCCAAGGUUUCCGUAUCCCCUCGUAGUCCUAUGAGCCCACUUGAAGCUGUGAAGCGCAUGAUGAAGCCCCCCGACAGCCCUGUUAGCAUUUGCAGUGACAGCAGCAGCAAAGCUGGUGGGUCGCCACCAGUACCCAAAGUCCGGAUAAAGACCAUCAAAACCACCAGUGGGCAGGUGAAGCGCACUGUUACCAGUGUACUGCCAGAUUCUGAAACGGAUGACGUCCACUCAGCCUACGAAUCCUCGCCAUCGCAGAGUUUGUUGAGUGAGGAUGGAGCGUAUUCUCCUAAAGUCUUACAAAGCAAAUCAGAGGAACGACCUAGGACUCCAACAGUAUUCCAGAAUUUACCUGUCAGAAGAUCACCUGCGUCUCAAGCAUGUACGCCAAAGAAAAUAUCUUCUUCUAAAGGACAUCGAGGAAGUCCUAGCACCCUUCCCAAAGCAGCGCACCUUGCUAGUCUAAACCUUGUCCCACAUAGCGUUGCUGCGUCAGUGACUGCCCGCUCUGCCUUGCAUCAAUCAAGCCAGAACACAUUCUCCUCAACUGUGUGCAGCACCGUCCCACUGGUUCAUCAGAUCAAAACUUGGCCACGAACAUCUGUCCAUAAUACAGCAGCCGACACAUUAAACCAGCUGCUGAACAAUGUUAACCCUGUACCCACAUAUGUGCCCAACCUGAACCCCCCGCCCAAGAGUGACAUACGCCUUCCGGCACGAGGCUACCGCUGCCACGAGUGUGGGGACUCUUUCAGUGUAGAACGUAGCCUCACGUACCAUUAUAACCGGAGGAGCGUCCAUAUUGAGGUGGGAUGCACGCACUGCGCCAAGACAAUUGUAUUCUUCAACAAGUGCGCCCUGCUGGCGCACGCCAGGGAGCACAAGAGCAAAGGCGCAAUGAUGCAAUGCACACAACUUCACAUGAAGCCCAUUGCGGAGGCGCAAAUGUUUGUACCUUUUGGUACCGAACCACUUAAAACGAAGUCUCGGUCUACAUUUUCACGCACGCUUAAGAGCCAGCCCGUCAUGCCUCUGUAUCCAGAUAACGCCAUCCGCCACAGAAUGCGGUGCUUAGAGUGCAACAAGCAGAUGUCGGACUUGCAAUCGCUCGCUGGACAUUAUCAAUCGCAGUCAGAAGAUACAAAAGAACUGUUUUGCAAGCUUUGCUCAAUGUUACUACCUAACAAGUGUAGUUUCAAGUCUCACCAGCGCAUUCAUGCACUCAAGCCCCCUUAUACCUGCCCCGAGUGCGGCGCCAUCAGUCGCUCAGCAGACAUUCAGAAGCACGUCAGGGAAAACUGUCUCCACUAUGCACGCAAAGCAUGGUUCAAGUGUCUUCACUGUGAAGUAGUUUUCAAGACCCUUCUCGGACAAAAGACGCACAUUGAGGAGAAACACUGCGCGGUUCUCCACAAGUGCUCCAUCUGCCUCUUGACCUUCAAAAGUGAAAACAGCUAUGAAGCUCAUAUGAAGGAUAAACACAGUGCUAGCAAAAGCUCUCCUCAGUUCGACUUCAAGUGCUCUUGUGGUAACAUUUUCCAAAAGAAAUGGUUACUCUUUCAACAUUUUCAUCAGGACGCCAACAAGCGUCUCACUUGUGUAUUUAAGUGUCCGGAAUGCAACUCUGUCUUCUCUCAAAAGCAGCCGUUGAUGCAGCAUUUUAAGAGUGUGCAUGGAGGAGAAGGGAGACUGGAGUCGGAGGUUAACGGGAAAAAAACGAACAGUAGUGUUUUGCACCAGGAUGCCAGUCCCAUUCAGGUCCCUGAAAAAAACAAGGAGGUUCCUCAAAAAAAGACAGAAAAGAAUGGUGGGCCUCGUAUGAAAUCAUCUGGUUGGACGUGUGGGGAGUGCCUUCAGUAUUUCCCUGAGCGAGACCUUUACGCGUCGCAUUUGAAGUCAAAGCAUGGGAAGUCAUAUAAGCGCUACGCCUGUGGACAAUGUAACCAGUCAUUCAACUCCUCUACUAACUUAAGAAGACACAUUCGCAGGACCCAUGACGGAAAAAAUAAAAUUUAUAGUUGUUGGUAUUGUACUGACAGAAAGACAACAUUUAGUAGCAUUGUACUGAUGAAGAACCACAUUAGUCUUAUGCAUGGAAUCAGGAAUCCUGACCUCAGCCAAAUGCCAAAAACCUCUAUCCAUGAAUGCAAAAAUGGUUUGGGCAAGGAUUCCCCGGAGGCUCCUUCAGCCAAGCGUGCAAAAAGAAAUUUCCACUGUUCCAAGUGCAGAUACAUCACGGAUGAUUACAGCGAGUUCCACAAACACAUAACUCAACAUAAAAGCGCAGAAAACACUCCUCAGUGCCUUCACUGUGGCCUGUGCUUCACGUCAAUGCUGUCCCUCUCCAGACACCUGGUCAUUGUUCAUAAGGGCAAAAAUCCCAAGGAAGAGGAGGAGGCUGCUGCAAAGGUCCGUCAGAGCAAAGCCAAUCCCGCCCAGACAGACUCUCAUUCAGGUCCCAUUGAGAUAUCAGAGCAGUAAUGUCCAUGUCCACUCAUCUCUCAAGCUGCUUUCCUCCUGGAACUACCACAUGCUGGACAAUGCUCCUCAUGGACACACUUUUUUUAAACAGCCACUGCAGAAUAUUGAAAAAAAAAAAAAAACACCAGCAUUUUUAUUUACUAGAAUCUAGUAUCAUCUGUAGUUGACCAACUUAAAACGGCUUCUUCGAUUUUUGCAACUUUUCAACUUGGGUGAUAUAGUAAGUGUAGCCUAUUUUUGGUUAGUUUUUUUUUUCUUUUUUUAUCAUGGUGGCUAAACUCACCAUGAUGAGAAAGUAACAUAACUCGGGGAUGGAAGUUGUGGUGCAAUACAAUUACAUGGAUAAGCUUGUGCUUUCGUUCACGUUUAUAUAACCAACUGCUAUACAGUUAUUUUCCUUUGCAUUAAUGUCACACAGUAUCCAUCGAAUGGAAUUCUAAGAGUUAUAAUUUUUGCACUUAAUUUGAAAGCAGAAUAGAUGCUAAAGCGUUUACUUGGGCUGCAGGAACAAGAGAUUUGUUUCAUUCGUUGAGCAAUAUAUGCUUUUAUUUUUAUUUUUUUAAAAUGAACGCUUGUAAAGGGGAAGCAGACAGGUUCACUUGUUCAACUUCAGCAGUAUUGAAAUACCUCAGACUUCCACAAAAUACAUUUUGAAGCCACGUGAGUUCUUAGUUAUGUAAAAAUCAAGGUACUUUCAGAUAAGACAUUGACACAGAUGAAAGUGAGGGAUGUCUUGUUAAUGCCUUUGUGUUGGCAGUGUGACAGUAACUACCUCUGGUAAAUGGCGAUGAUUGUUAAACUUUCAGUGAGUGACAGAUAAUCACAGUGCAAUGCAGAAAGUUUAUUAUCCCAUGUUAAAUUUUAUAAAUUGAUUUGGGGAACCAUAUUGGGCUUCUAAGUCAUAUUGACUUAUGAACCUUUCUGUGUUACGUUAGUGUGCUACAUAAUACUUACAUUUCUACUUUCUCUGUGCAUCACUUAAUGGCAGCAUGUGGCUAACCCGGCUGAUGUGCAUGAUUUGUACUUUUGCUCGUUGAAAAAUAUUUUUUUUUACUUUUGAUACCCUUUACAGUGACUUGUCAUACCUGCCUUAAAACCAUUUUUCAAGCUAUGACAUAUUUAGCAUGCAGUGGCUCAUGUUAUGUGCCUUACCAUUAUGUUUACCUAAAGUACAGACAAAUAAAAUUGUGCAUUGAAUUAUGUUUUUCUGUCUUGCUUUUUUAGCUGUUUGGCUCCAAAGUGUAGAUUUCCCAAUCCUGAUGUAAAGACAAAAUAUUUGACUCAGCUCUUGUGCAUCUCAUUGGAUAGCACAAGACAUUCAAUACAAAGCAGGCUAUCAGGCCAAUGACUUUAGCUCUUUGCAGUAUUAAGCCCAUCCUUUCUCCUUAUGCUUAAGUGUUCGGCUCUGCCCAGACAGCAGCAGAAGUGCGAGACUUUUAAAUAGAAUUUUGACUGCACACUUGAGAGAAUGAAAAGCAAGUCAGUUUGGAGAGCAGGGCUCCUGUUUUGUGUCAUCCUAGUGUCACAUGUCGUCAUGACUUCAUCCCGGACUAUUCCUUAUAAACAAAUGAGAAACAAGGGUUUGAAGUUGAAGAUCCACCCGAGAGGAUUUAUGUGGGCAACGGGUCAUUUCAUGGGCAAAAAAAAUAUGGCAGAGCAUUCACUUGUUGGGACUUCUGCUGGAGGCAUAAAGGUCAUCGAAGGAGCAGAUGACGCCAUGAAUGACCUGCAGUCCAUCUAUAUAGUAAACCCAAAAUCGGCUACAAGACAUGUCUCUUAGAAAAGAAGCGACCCCCUGCAAACAUUGGAGGGAACAUGUAGUACUUUCUCCCAACAACAAAGAUGGACGUCUAUAUUUCCCGAGGAUCCUUUUUCUCUCGUAAUACACUCACCGAGUUCAACAUGUUCAUUACCUUUACAAUUAUAUCAACCAAAUUAUUGAUUAUAUCAUGGUGUGUUUCUGAUUUCUUGCCUUUCCACUGCAGAAAAUUACUAGAAACAUUUGUACAGUGUGCUCGAUUUACAAACUGAAGGAAUUGUUUUUUUAAUUGGACAGAUUGUUCAUGCAUACCUAAUAAAUUCUGUAAUAAACUGAACAUAAGUGUUUUUGUCCUAAAUGUAUAAUAUGUCAUUUGUUUUUUGCUUUAAUACUAAGAGGUGUCAUCUGCUUUUGACAAAUUCCUGGUGUCCUUCAACAGACAGUAAAACAAAUGAUUCUGAAGAUGUGUUCAGCAAG